AUGACUAGGAAGUGUUGUAGUUUAGUCCAGAAAAUGAAAUUUCAUUUGCAGUAGUAGUAAGAGGCAUCGUUAGCAGACGACGAAAAUGGGUGGCGUGGCCCCAAGGUUCCUCUUCCUCCUCGCCACUCCCUUCCCUCUUCUCCGCCGCCACCACCACCACCACCACCACCGCAACCUCUUCCUCUUAUCCACCCAUUCCCUCCACCUCUCUUCUUCUCCCUCUCCUCUCCCACUCAAACUCAAAGCCUCCCAAUCCCAAGCUUCCUCAUUCUCCUCCUCCUCCUGGCCCGAGUGGUCCUCAUUCCUCUCCCACAUCUCCUCCGCCGGCUACCUCCCUUCCCUCCCCGACCAAACCUUCACCGCCGCCGCCGAACGGCUCUCCUACUCCUUCCUCCGCGACGCCACCGCCUUCCUGGCCUUCGCCCGCGACCGACCUAACCUUCUCAGGUUGCUUUCUACGAGAGACAUUGCAGCGGUGGUUGAGCACGGCUCCCCCUUUCUCUUCCGCGACGCCGACGACUCCGUCAGGAAGAUGAAGUCCUUUCUCUCCAACGGUGACGCCAAUGUGUUGGACACUGAUAGAGCAAAUACAGUUGAUCUAAUGAAGUUUUUGCUGAGUUAUGCAAGUAACCCAUUUUUCUCUUCAGAAGGCAACAGUCUCAAUAAAAGAGAUCUUGUUGAAUCAUCUGUUAGAAAUCUAUUUGGUGAACUUUUCAAGCUGAAUUAUAGUGCACCUGGACCAAAUGCUUUUGAUUCAGUGCAAAGUCAAAUGGCUGGCAGAUUUGGACAGACAAAGCCUCCUGGACAAAAAAUUGAAAUGAAGAGGGGUGAUUGGCUUUGCCCCAGGUGUAAUUUCAUGAAUUUUGCAAGAAAUAUCAAAUGUCUUGAGUGUGAGGAAGCAAGGCCAAAAAGACAACUGGCUGGAGGUGAAUGGGAAUGUCCUCAGUGUGAUUUCUAUAACUAUGGGAGGAAUAUGACUUGCUUAAGGUGUGAUUGCAAGCGACCUGGACAAAUAUCUCUGGGUGCCACCAAUACCAUGCCAAAUAUGGGGUACGAAAAUGGAAACAAUCCUAAUACUUCAGACAUUGAUGCUAGGUUAGCUGCUAAUGAAGAAAAAGCACAACGUUGGUUUAGCAAGGUUUCUCAACUAGACAGCAGUGCUGAUAUUAACAGUGUCAUGGCAGAUGAAGAUUUUCCUGAAAUAAUGCCAUUGAGGAAAGGAGUGAAUAGAUUUGUCGUGAGCACAAGAAAGACUCCACUGGAGAGGAGGUUGGCUAAUGCUCAAUACAAGAGAAACUUGUCCAAUAAUGACAUUCCCGGGAUUGAGGAUUCUAAAGCUGGGGAGCCAAUCAAAUCCCAUGACAAUCUGGAUGAAAUGCUAAGACGUUCAGGUGGCCUUCCUCAAUUUGACAAUAACAACUUUGUUGAUGAACAAAAUGCCAGUGGAGACAGCCAUCCUUCAUUUGCUAGCAAUACUUCACAUUUUAACAAUGUGAAAGGGAGCUACACUAGUACUGUUCCUCCCAUUCCAUUGUCUGCAGAUGCACUUUCCCAAAAGUCUGAGAACUUGCUAGCAGAGGAGAGCAAAAAGGUGGUAUUAGACGCUGAUGUUGGAUAUGCUAGAUUGGGAGACUGUUCACAACUUUCUAAUAAUUCUACUAGCCAAAAUAUCACAGAGGAGGACAAGGAGAAAGAGCAAGGUGAAAAAUCUGAGAGGUGGUUUAGAAAGGUUGCUGAGCUGAAUGAUUUUCCAGAUAUACCAAGUGCAAUAUCUGAUGAGGAUUUCCCUGAAAUAAUGCCCAUGCGCAAAGGAGAAAAUCGAUUUGUUGUUAGCAAGAAAAAAGAUCGUUCUUUGACUACACCAGCAUAUAAGAGACUUGCGGCCAUGGAACAAUCUGGCAAAACCAACUUUGUCCCCUUUGUUCCCUUUCCCCCUGAUUAUUUUGCCAAAAAGGACAAGCAGCAGGAAGAUGGAACAGAUUCAUCAGUGGCAGAUGCAACUGCUUUGACGGAUAGGGCUGAUGAUGAUACAUCUUUCAUAUCUGAGGUGGUGCAGCAGCCUCCAGAGAUGUCAGUUGAUGCUAGAGCUCAACGUGGACAGAGUCCAAAUCCUUCUGAACAAAGCUCAAAUAACAAUGAUGUUGGUUCUAUGUAUGGGGCAACAACCAGUGGAAAUUCAAGGCAGAGUUUCAAUCAAGAUCAGGUUCCAAAUUUGACUGGGAGUUCAUCCCCGGAACCAGCAUCUGAGACCCAGAGUGGUAGAGCAGAGUGGACAAGAAAGAGUUUGGAGGGGUCAGCUGUGAAGGAACCAGAUCCUUUGGACAUGUCAGAGGAGGCAAAGGCUGAGAGGUGGUUCCGUCGCAUUGCACAGAUUAAGGAUAUUUCUGAGCUCAGUCAAAUUCCAGAUGAAGAUUUUCCUUCAAUAAUGCCUAUGCGCAAAGGGGUGAACAGAUUUGUUGUAAGCAAGAGGAAAACACCAUUGGAAAGGAGAUUGACGUCUCAGCAGUACAGAAGAAAUCUUCCAACCGCGAGCUCAGAUCCAAUUAAAAAAGAAAAUGAAGGUAGCUGAAAGUGGUAGUAUUAUUAAUUUAUUAUCCAUUUGCUUAAUUUUUCAACGUGCAAUUAAAAUGUUGCUGGCAAAUAUAGAAAUGGAUCAAACCUUUUAUUUACACUUGUAACAGAAUUUUGACAUCAAGUAUUUAUCUUUGUCGAGAGACUAGCUUCUGAAAUUUCAGAAAUAAGUGAUGCAUUAAAACCAUUGUUUGUAUACUCAGUUUUUCUAUCCAUAAUGUAGAACUAGAAAUAUUUAAGUUUUAGGAUUGAAGUAAAUGCGUGUUUGGUUGAUA